UAACGUUACGCAGCGUUUCCUGUUUACAAGCGGAGGACGACAGUAGCGUUAGCGCCGUCGGUAACGAUCACGUCUUUGAAGAAAGCUGGUCGGGAUGAUUCUUAGUUUACCGUCUUCAUCACAAAUUCACACGGGAUAAUGGCUUAAUGCGACUUGGGUAGUGUUGACGAACCGGAACAGUAGGUCACCUCAAAGCAUCAACCGAGUACGUGUCUAAGAAGCUAAUGCUAAUGCUAACCUAGGCUAACUGGAUUUUCGUGACUGCAAAUUCUGACUGUCAGCUUUUUAAAAUAUAUAUAUAUAUAUAUUCAGGUAGAUGGAUGUUAAGUGUAUUUGGUUAAAUACAAAGUGGGAAAUUGUUUCAGCGUCAUCGAGACGGAAAAUCUGCUCCACGAAAUAUUAAAAACCAGCUAGCUUGUUCCUUAAUCUUGCUAGCUACUUUGUUAUUAAACAUUCCUGUGGCUCAAAAGAUGUAAGACAUUGAUGUUGUGCAAGUUCACUCACUACACGUAUCACCAGCCCCCUAAAAAUCUGAUAUUCAACACUGUAGGAUGCUGCCAUAGCUGAAGCAUUACAUCUUUCUCACUUGGACCGACUAUAAUGAAACAUCAGUGAACUUAAUUAACACUUCGACCAACUCCCAAUGGCUGCUCACGGCUUCACUCCUGCCAGUGGGCAGGACUUUUUCAGCACCGACGCAAAAGGACAGUCCAGCUCGAGAACAGGCAGCGUGCUGAGCGGCGAAGAGGCCAGAAGGUUCUACGAAAAUGUGAUGAGAGAUUGUGAUGAAAGAGGACGAGACGGGCCAAAGAGAGCGUCACGGAGAAAGGACUACGAGCACGGACAUACGCAGAAGGACAGAGCGUCCAAUAGGAGGCACAGGAGGAGAGUCGAGGCGGCAGAGGUCCAGCAGCAGCGUCGAUCCAGUGCAGCAGUGGAACGAGAGACCGGUCGGGGAAGCGAAGACGCCCAAAGGAGAGAGACGGCGGCGGCGGCGGCGAGGGAGACGGGCAACUCGGAAAGAUCCGCGGAGCUCCAGGGGCUCCGGUUUCUGCGCUGUGCCCACGAGGGGGACACCUCUGGCCUCAAAGAGUUGCUCUCGAGGGAGGUUGACAUAAACUUCCAGGAUACUUUCUUCUGGACGGCUGUGAUGUGCGCGAGCUGGUCUGGACGACGGGCCGCGGUGAGGCUGCUGCUGCAGCGCGGAGCGGCCUGGGUCGGAGUGGUGGACACACGGGGCAGGGACGCCAAAGACCUGGCGCUGGAAGCGGGCCACAGUGACGUGCUGGAAGAGUUGGAGAGCUUUGGGGGAAGUGCGCAGAGAGACACAACAUCUGACGGCAGUGGCUCCCGGGCUCAGUGGUGCGAUGUGUGUCGCACCACGUACAGCAGCAGCACCCUGUCCUCACAUCUCUCCUCCACCCUGCAUCAGUUCAGUCUGCAUCAUCCUCCGCCCACCCCCUACUACUGUCUGCCCGCCUCCAGCAACAGCUACAAGAUGAUGGUUCGCUGUGGCUGGACACCAGGGACGGGGCUGGGGCCGGAGGGAGAGGGGCCGCAGCGGCCCGUUCCUACGGUGCUGAAGAGAGACCAGCAGGGUCUGGGGUAUGGCCAGAUGAAAAGAGCCAAAGUUACGCACUUCCAAGCCCGGGAUCGCGAUGCCGUAAAACUACCAUCCACGUAUAGAGAGGAGAGGGGAGGAAGAGGGAAGAGGAAUGAAGAAAGUAGGAGACAGGAGCAAAAGGAUAAGAGCUGGGAAAUAGAUUUUCGUAACUCUUUUUAUCUACAGUGAUUUUCCCAAAUCCUUAUUUUUUUCCUUAUAGACUAUCAAGCAACGUUUUAUUGAACUGGCAGAUGUUUGAACAGGAUUCUACAGGACAUUCAGGGUGAUAUGGAUGUUGACAACAAGCCACGGUAUCACUCCAAGGUAACAUUUGCUAACAACGCUAAUGACGGACCAUAAAUAAGCAGCACGUUUUUUUCUGCAGACACCAGAUUGUCAGACAAAAAGCCAGAGACUGUAUCGACGCAAAGGACGAAUCGAUGUCGUGGAAUUACAUUUUUUUACCCUGGAGAACAGCGUCGGAGCAAGGAGCGCUCACUCUGCUGCUGCUUCUGAGGACUGAAAUGACUGGUCACAGAUUCAUGAUUUAAAUUUUACAACCGUGACAAUGUUUGUAAAGCUGCAGGAAGUUGUUUUCUUAUGGAGCAUAACAUAAAUACCUUUACUCUACCUCAAAGCUGAUACUGUGUCUGUCAGUUGUUCCUCUGCCAGCAGGUUGUGUAAUCACUAAAUGUGUCAUUGUGUUGACUCUUUAUCACUACAUAUGGCGUGUUUCCCUUUUGACCCACAGACGCUGUUUCAAACGAUCACAGAGCACUGGUUAAAUAAAAUGAAAACAUUAUUGACAUAGAUGUAGCACUCAGUGAUUUGUCCAAAAUAAGUCAAACAGUUUGGCUCAGAUUAUCAACUUGUGCCUAAUAACUCUUGAGUGACUGUAGUCAAGACUAUUUUUCCAGGUUUCAGAUGUGCAACAUGUUGUGCAACUACACAGACCUGCGGUGAACUUUGUUUCAGCUCUUGGUUCCUUUUCAACUGGUGAGACUUUAAACUCGGGCAGGUUGUUUCAAUUUCAAAGUCCGUGGUCAUUAAAGCUCGAAAAAGUA